GGCUUCUGCUCCGCUCCAUGCUCCGCUCUGAAAUUUCCGCAUCUAACCACACAUUUUGGCCGGAUUGUCUUUUAUUUGAGAGCAGAGCCAAGUGCCAAGGUCAGGUGUCAUUAAGAAAAGAAGAAAAAAGCAGGUGCCAUAAAGAAAAGAAGAAUCCAUUAACGGCAUUAAUGAUGUAAACCGUAUCUGAACCUAAUGAACUUAUCGAUCGCUAGUAUUUCUAGAAAAGAAGCACCGAACUGCAUCAUCGAGAGCCAAGGUGAACAAUAAUCUAAGUCGAAUAUUUAGCCUGUAUUUCUUACCGCAAAUUCAGCAGUGUACAGAAUGGAAGUGACUGGACCUUGUUGAUUCCGUUUGAUAGCAAAAGCGUUCCUCGCCAUCGUCGUUUUGCCGAUUCACAGCGUGCUACGGUCAUGUUUUUUUAAGUCGUUUAACGCUGACUUUGGAAAAUGCCAAAACGUGCUUGUCCCUUCGAAGGCGACCUGUUGCCGCAGAUGAAGGUGCACGUGGGCGAGAAGCAGAUCAACAACGGUGUGUCGAGCGACCAGCGGAUGAGGGAUGUCUACAAUAGGACCCUGAGUUUGCUCAAGGCGGGCGCGAAGGCACUCACAACCCACAAGUUAAACACGUCCGGGCAAAUGGACUCUGUGGACCUAUCGUCACCUUGUAAAUUCAAAUCUACGUCCAAUUUGAAACAGAUGAUGUUGACCGACAAAUUACAAUUGAAAACUAGCGACAAAGUUGUCAAUGAUAUCCGGAUAGACCUGUGCGGGUGUGGCCGAUUGAUAGAUCGGUCUACGGUAAGCGCGUGCUAUUACUGUGAUCAGGCGCUGUGCUCCUCCUGUCAGGCUGUGUGCGCCAACUGCACGGAAUUGUUCUGUCAGAACUGCUCUCUACCUAUAUAUAACUGCGACGAGCAAAUCAUGUGUCUUAAUUGCUAUCGAUAGCUGUCAAACAGAGAUAUUUUUAUGCGUGAGCUCUUGAAAACUGAUUGUGAUUUUGUGCAAAAAAUUAUAGAAUAUCGCUUUAUGGAAAAUAUUUAAAAAAUGUAGAAUCUUAGAAAUUAUAAAAAAUGUCGAUAUAAAUAGAAUUAAAUAGUGAACUCCUACAUAGAUUAAGAUAUACGAAAUAUUUCAAUAUUUGUUAUAUAAUGUUUACUUAAUUUAUUAAUAUUCAAACGUUUUAUAUACACAUAAG